GGAGCAUUGCCAUUGACACAAGACCGAGGCUCAGUUAUCUCGCGUUUAUUCGCGUAAACUGGAGCGCUCAUAGCGCUUAGUGGUUUUUCAUUUUUUACUUGGCGAACGAGGGAGGUCACGACCAGGGAAAGACUCGAGGAUCGCGAUCCAGACAGGACUCGCGACCUGGAAGUCAUUCCUAAGUCCAUGCGGAAGCACGUGGCCUAACGUCAAGUAUAGUCGGAGGAAUGAGCAAAGAUUGUGGAAUUUGUGGGAUUUAUCCCCGAUGGUUGCGAGAUCGUGCCACCCCGAAAAAUUUCAUCGCUGUGUACGGUCUUCUCGGCACGGUGCAAGCGAUGGCUUUCAUUUACAUCGUUGUCACCCUCACCACACUGGAGAAGAGAUUCAAGAUACCCAGUCGUACAACAGGAUUAAUUCUUUCCGGCAACGAGAUCUCCCAGAUUUUAUCUUUGAUAUUGACCUACUACGGCGGCUCGGGACACCGUCCAAGAUGGAUCGCGAUUGGUGUCGGCCUCAGCGCGCUCUCUUGCCUCGUUCUCGCGCUUCCACAUUUCUUGUUCGGGCCCGGAAGGGACGCGAUGGCCUUGACGAAGGAAUACCUCGACCAAACUCUUCUAAAUGCCACCACGAUCCCCAAGGAUCUGGCAAUUUGUCCUCGUGAUGUCAAACCGCCACUUUGCGACGAGGAGACGCUACUGGAUGUUAGCAUCGUCCCGCGGCUUUUGGUUUUUCUUUCUCAGUUUAUCCUCGGAAUCGGCACCACCCUGUAUUACGGCCUAGGUCAAACGUAUUUGGACGACAACACUAAGAAGAAAAAUACUCCGAUGCUUUUAGGUUUCACGUUUGCUCUGAGGACAGUUGGUCCGGCAAUAGGAUUUUUAUUGGGCUAUGGUUGUCUCAGUUUAUACAUAGAUCCCAGCUUACACCCUGUGAUUACGAAAAAUGAUCCACGAUGGUUGGGCGCUUGGUGGCUAGGAUGGAUUAUUCUGGGUGCCACGAUGGGCAUGUUUUCAAUCUUGAUUGCUAUGUUCCCAAGAGAUCUGCCGAGAACGAAGACCAAUACAACGAACGACACUGCCAAAAAGGAUGGUAGUAUACCAUUGAAGUUGCACCUGACUGCCCAAGAGCAGUAUAUGACGCCUAUGGAGCCACGGAAGUCACUCGAGACUGAAUACAUUCCAACUAUACGAGAAUUCCCGACAGCGAUGAAAAGAUUGCUUACAAACUGGCUGUUAACAUUCAACAACCUAAGCGGGGUAUUCUACGUGUUAGGUGCAUCAUCGUACAUUACGUUUUUGGCUAAAUAUCUUGAAGUUCAGUAUAGUACGUCUGCAGCUGGCGGCACUGUGAUCGCAGGUCCUAUAUCAUUGAUCGGUAUGGUACUGGGAUUUCUACUCUCUGGAAUGGUAAUUAGCAGAUUCAAACCUGGUCCUAGACCGCUUCUCGCAUGGAACGUGUUUGUUGGCGUCUGCUUUGUUGCUGGUCAAAUACUCUUCAUAUUCCUUGGUUGCUCAAACGUUGGCGUUAAAGGCCUCGACUAUGAUACUAUGCAGAUGAAUUUGACGUACAGUUGCAAUGCCGAGUGUAACUGCGUGGCAGUCAAAUAUUCUCCGGUCUGCCACGAAGCGUCGAAGACAACCUUUUUCUCAGCUUGCCAUGCGGGUUGCCGAACGAUAAUCAACGACAAGGAAUUCGGAAAUUGUAGUUGCCUCCCAAUGUCCGACUCGUUGAAUUUCGAAGAUCAUUUUGGCUACACCACCGAGAGCAAGUCGCUUGUACUGACACAACCGAUCUACCUAAACGAUCCCCAGAUCGUCAGUUUCGAUAAAGUUAAGGCGGGACCAUGCACGAGCGACUGCAGCCGUCCCUAUCUCCUUUUCAUGGUUUUUACCUGCAUCAUACAAACGCUGGCGUGUUCCGGAAAAAUUGGUAACGUCCUGGUAAAUUAUCGAAGCGUCGACAAGAGAGAUAAAAGCUUCGCGCAGGGUAUUACAUUGAUGACGAUUUCUUUGUUUGCGUUGAUACCGGGUCCAAUUAUUUACGGAGCCAUCAUUGAUUCCACUUGCUUGAUCUGGGAGGAGUCCUGUGGGACCAGGGGGAACUGUUGGUUCCAUCAUAGACGGAAUUUCCGGUAUCUGGUUAACAUUACGUCGGCAGGUUUUUCGACGAUAGGAGUUCUGUUCGAUGCGGCAGUCUGUUAUCUCGGAAAAGAUGUGGAUCUGUAUGGCGCCCAGGAGACCGACAAACGUCGCGAAUUUAUUAAAGAAGAUUCGGCGCCGUCGAUUGUCGGCGGUGAGAAGAAGAAAGAGAUAAAUGGAAAUGUAAAUUAGGAGAAGUGAAAUGCAGCUGUUUGUUCCGAUCGUAAUUCGAAACCACUGAAUGAUAUUGACAUCUAGGAGGCUUAAGAUAAUAAGGAAGUUUCAGAUAAGAUUGAAACUGCACGAGAAUCGUUGGGUACCUGAAAUUUAGAACGUUCCAUGACCGAGAAACGAUUGAGGGAAGAGUGGAAAUGGAAAAGAUGUUUUUUUUUUU